AUGGAGCCCGAGGCAGCCUUCGGAGGAGCCCGGAGGAGCCUGGACGAGGCGCCCAGCAAAAACCUGGAUGGGUUGCUGAGCUUGCCUCCCUUCCCGGCCGGCGGCCCUUGCAGGAACGCGGCUCUCGCCGGGGCGGGCGGCGCGUCCAGCCCCCCAGCGCACGGCCCCUCCGGUUACGCGCCCUUGGAUGCGCCCCUGCCUCCCUUCGGAUCAGGGGAGCCUUCUUUGGCCAAACAAUGCAUCCCGUGUCCGGCCGUCUCACAGACGCCCUCAGCCAGCAGCACUUCGCCCUUCCCUUACGGCUGUUUAAGCGGCGGCUGCUAUUCGUACCGAGUGGCCCGCAGCGCCCUUAAGCCGUGUCCAGCCCCGCCCCAGGCCGCCUACACAGCUGAGAAGUACUUGGAGGUUUGUGGGGCUGCAGCCAGCGCCCCCGCCGCCCCAGAGGAUUAUACGACUCGCCCGGCUGAGUUCGCAUUCUACCCGGGCUACGCUGGACCUUACCAGUCCAUGACCAGCUACCUGGACGUUUCUGUGGUUCAGACUCUCGGAGGACCUCCGGGAGACCCCAGGCACGAAACUCUCCUGCCCGUCGAUCCUUACCACGACUCCUGGGCCUUGGCCGGGGGCUGGAACAACCAAGUGUUUUGCCCCAAGGAGCCCAACCCUCCAGGGCCCUUUUGGAAAACUGCCUUUACAGAAGCUGUAAGUCAAUCGCCCCCCGAGGGCUGUACCUUCCGACGCGGCCGCAAGAAGCGAAUCCCGUACAGCAAAGGGCAGUUGAAAGAGCUGGAGAAGGAAUAUUCCAGCAGCAAGUUCAUCACCAAGGACAAGAGGAGGAGGAUUUCCGCCGCCACUAAUCUUACCGAGAGACAGAUCACCAUCUGGUUUCAGAACCGGAGGGUGAAGGAGAAGAAAGUGGUGGCCAAGGUCAAAGGCGCCAGCGGCAGUAGUGGAGGCGGUGACGACGCCUCUUGA